AUGUCACCUCAGAACCCCGGACAUGCGUACGGUGUGGCGCUCGUCGCCCUGCUGUCGUUAAUCCCCGCCGCCCAAGCGCAGUCGGCGUGUGGCUUGCAGGGCUACUCGUCGUGUCUUGACGGAACACGGACCGAUUACGGAUGCUGUCCCACAGGCUGGGAAUGUUUCGCCACCGAGUGUUCGUACACCGGGACCUCGACCAUGUCUGCUCGGCCGACCACAACGGCGUGCCCGGGCGUCCCCGCUCACCACCUCUGCCCCCAGUCACUCGGCGGCAACUGCUGCUAUAACGCCUAUGGCUGCGACCCCGACAACGUCUCACAGUGCAUCUUGACGCAGACGCAGCGGGUGUUUGAGGUGGUCAGGACGUCGACGACGGUUGUUGAUGGCUCCACUCAGACCAUUACUUCCACCACGAUCGACUAUCCCUGGCCCACGGUCACACCCCGGGCGACGGUCGAGGGUACUGCCUCCUCCGAGGAAACUACCACCGCCCCCGGAGACCACCGCUCCGGAGGCCACCACGGCGCCGACAACGACGGAGGCUAG